CAUCUACAUCGACUGCAUACGCACGAAUCACAAAGUCAAAUACUUGAACAUGCAUCUGGAGUUCAUCGACGGCAACACUGCCAUCUCAGCCACCACCCGAAAGCGUAUCCGUAGCCAUGUGGCUCGAGGCAAGAACGCGGGGAGACGCCUCGCACGGCCAUCUCGGCUGAACAAAGCCCAUAUCGAUCCUCCGACUUACUUCCGUAUCCCUGCCCUCCUUCAGAGUCAGAAUACCAAGGAACAUCAAGAGGCUAUGUGCGACAUCGAAAGACCCAUCACGAGCGGUUUAAUCUUCCCGGUAGAGAUGGAGCCACAAACUCGGGACAUCGCACACAAGGCGUUUGACUUCAUUCGUGACCUACGCGGUGCUCCUGGGUUAUUUCACAUCGUUGAGGAACCAAGCGCUCCUUUAAUUUGGGUCCAAUACAUGUUCCUCGACGCCGCGUACUUCCAUUCAGUCAUCGCCACGUGUCUGUGGAUUGUACCGGGACUCAUAUCCGAGCAGCACAGAGUCACCGAGGCUUCGCGCCAUUUAUUACACACUCUACGCCUCAUCAACGUCCGGCUGGCCGGCGAAAACUCCACCUCGGAUGACACCGUAGCGGCCGUCGUGGGCAUGGUGCACUACGAGCGACACCAGGGGCAGUUCGGACGCGCUCUCAUUCACACCCGAGGGCUGCGGCAGAUGGUCGACCUACGUGGCGGGGUUCUAGAGUUGGGAUGUGAGCUGGCAAGGAAGAUAUUUCUGUGUGAUAUUGAAUGUUCAUUCCAGCUGGGCUGUGAGCCUUUGUUCUCUGUUGAAGAGGUUGAUGCUGUGGCUUUUUCAGCAAAUGACUUUGGGUUGAGACCCACUCCAACGACAUCUGGAGCCGUCCCCCAAGGACUAAAUCCAUAUCUAGCCCCGCUGCUACGACAUGGAAUGCAUAUUGCACUUGUUUACAAUACCAUUGAAACCGGUAAACGAAAGCUUACAUAUUAUUCUCAUUUCGAUCUCGUUCUAUCCUUCGGCUAUCGGCUGUUACAAUUCAGUCCAUUGCAGGGACCGCGGCCAGUUAGUCAUCUGGACGAUGUCAUUCACCUUGGCUUGAUAAUCUUUCUCUGCACUUUCAUUCGACGACUGGAUCGUGGCAUCGCUGACAAUCAUCUACUUGCGAAACUACUUUGGUCUGUCGCUGAGAAAGUGGGAACCGAUCGUGAAACACAGGAAGCACUGCUGUGGGCUCUGCUUGUCGGUACAGCAUCUAUCCUCUCAAGGGAUAUCCCGGAGUGGCUUACGGUAAUGGUUGCAACUCUGAUACAGAGUCUGGGGCUUGCUACCUGGGAAGAUACUCUAUACUUACUUCACCAAUAUCCAUGGGUCAAUGCCCUUCACGAUGAGCCUGCCCGAGGGCUUUGGCAAAAAGUGUCUCCGUCUUCUGAUACAUGAUUAUUGAACUAAUAAAAUAUAAUCAUAUUGAUGACAAAGCUAUGAGCAAGAUAGCGCAUCCUGAUACUUGAGAGGUUCUCUAAGUAAGGGAUAUCCGGCACAGUCUUCUUCGCAAUGAUGCCCGAUCAUUCAACUACUGCCUCAGCAUAGCUUCCACACAUCCCGGCUCAACCGACUCCAGCACCUCCGCCAGAGCAUCCCACAUUCGUUUCUGCAUUGCUUUCCCUUCUUCGUUGGUCACCCAGUCGGGAACAUCAUUCCUGUAUUCGAGCAUCAGCGCAGUUCCUGCGAUAAAUGUCAAAAUGCAAAUCUUACUCGCCCAUCUCGCACGAAUGGAGAAGACACCCAUGGGAUUCCCUCCCCGCCACCGCACCAUGCAACAGCGUCCGACUCCCAUC